GAUUGUUGUUGUGUUGUUUUCCAGAGGACGCCACCUGCGUAAUUAUGAGUAAUAAUUCUUCUGACCAGAACCUUGCAAAAUAGCGAAUCUCGCAACUGACAGCCCAUGCAAAGCCCUCGGAGCAGACAAUAACCGGAGACAGACCUACGAAACGGCGAGGGACGGAGGCAGAAGCGGAUUUGCAGGGACGGGACAGAAGAUAGGGAGCAAGUGAAACCAUGUCGAAGUCGGUAAACAACAUGAGCAUGGGUGUCGUGGAGCCGCAGGAGAGGCUGAAGCACCUGACGCACUGCGGAGCCCUCAUCGAGGUGGACAAGAAUAUGCCUGUGACGCGCUACUACCGCUCGGGCACUGAGAUGCUGCGCAUGGCGAAAGUCUACCAACGGGAGGGCAACCAUGAAAACGCCUUCAUCCUCUACCUCCGCUACAUGACCCUCUUCAUCGAAAAGAUUCGCCAGCACCCAGACUAUGCCUCUGUCAAGUCUGAGGUGCGCGACAUCAACAAAAAGAUCAAGGACGAAAUUAUGCCCACGACGGAGAAGCUGCGCACCAAGCUGCAGGCACACUAUCAACGGGAAUACGAACAGUUCCUAGCGAGCAAGGAAGCAGAACGUGUCCGGGAACUGGAACGGGAACGGGAGCGACAGCGACAAAGGGAGCAGGCUGGUGCUAGUAGUAUACCUUCGCUGAUUCCAGCCAACCUUCAUGUGCUCAUUGACGAGGUCAACCAGCCCUCAGCCCCGGAUCUUGACCUGCUCGAUAAGGUAGUCUAUCCUAACGACUUUCCAACGGGCGCCAAUCGCAGCUUGCCAGGAUCGGGUUCCGGUCUCCUAUUACCAGCUGCCAGCGAAGCAACCGCCGCCGAUAAGACAGCAGUUUCCAAGCCCAGCUUCGACCGUAAUCAGAAGCCGGCUUAUAACCGCACGGAUUCCCUGCUGGCGGGCUCCCUGCGCCUCGUCCAUGUGCCGGGGAAUACGAUGGAUGUGUUCUUGCAGCUGGCGCACGCCAACACCUCGAAAAACAUCGAGACGUGCGGAGUUCUGGCCGGUAAUCUGUCGCAGAACCAGCUGUACAUCACACACAUUAUCAUCCCGCAGCAGCAGGGCACUCCGGACAGCUGCAACACGAUGCACGAAGAGCAGAUCUUUGAUGUCCAGGACCAGAUGCAGCUGAUUACACUGGGCUGGAUACAUACUCAUCCCAGCCAGACUGCGUUUCUGUCCUCCGUUGACUUGCAUACGCACUGUUCCUACCAGAUGAUGAUGCCCGAGGCUUUGGCCAUUGUUUGUGCGCCCAAGUACAACACUACUGGUUUCUUUAUACUCACGCCGCAUUACGGGCUAGAUUUUAUUGCCCAGUGCCGGCAGUCUGGCUUUCAUCCGCAUCCGAAUGACCCGCCACUGUUCAUGGAGGCGCAGCACAUCCGGAUGGACGGCCAGGACAAGAUAAAGGUCAUUGAUUUGCGCAGCUAGUCGCAAAGAACAGGAUCCAGCAAUCGCUCCAUUUUCGGGUGUCAAACAGUGAUUAACCAUGGAAAUUACAGAGAUAUACAAAGAUAGAUAAAGUGCAUAUUUUCGGCAUACAGAGAUAGAAAUGUAUUUUUGCAAGCAGUUGAUCCACGGAUCGUCUCACACAUCACUUUUCAGCACUCGGCGGCAUUUGUUGUUAUUUAUUAUUGCGUUUCGGGAUUUUCCGUUCGUUGCAUUCUGUCACUUAAGAACCCAAUGUGAUUUUCUAUUGUGGCUUAUCGUUGCUUUGGUUAACAUCGUUAAAAAUAUGUAUUUACUAUUUUAGAAACAAACACUCAAACACCUGCACGCCCGACACCAUUCACUCACCCAUCCAGCUUACACAGAAAAACUAUUCAGAAUUAUCCUAAGAAAGUGCAUCCUUCUAUGGCUUACUACUCGCAAUAACCUGUUGUUUAAAGACGAAUCAUCAAAAAUGCUAUUAUUGAACUGUGCAAGCUUACCUACUAAACUGAAUAAAUAUUUAUGACUACU